AUCACUCACAAUGGCGAAUGCUUGAUGGACGUAGCUAUCUGUUGUUCCCGCUUAAUUGUGCUUAAGGUUGAGAGUUAUAUCCUAUAUGAAUCUAAAUUUUAUGUUACCAUUUCAGCCAGAUCCAAGUGAGAUGACCAAAAUAGCUGCAGAGGGGAUUCUAACUUGUUUGCAAGAUGCAAUAUGUUCUCUAGAGGAAAAACGGGACAUCCGCAAAGGAACUGAGGACUGGAAGUUCUUACCUCGUGUUGUUGAGGAGCUUGCAAAGUUGGAUGUGGUAAGAAAUAACAAGAACACAUUGUCAAAGGAAGAUCUUCACAGACAAGCUUUGGAUUGUAAAAGUAUUUAUGAAGAGGAGCUAAAUAGUUUCGAUCAUGAAAGGAAAGAGAAUUCAAAGGUAAAUAAAGAACAGAGGAGCAAAACUGGAAGAACAAAUGGCAUGUCUUCUGGUGCAGUUGAGUAUGAUAGUGAUGAGACAAUUGAGAUGACAGAACAAGAAAUUGACCUUGCAUAUAAGACUUUGUCCUCUAACAUCUGCCACUUGUGAAUGCUCAUUGAACUUGUUUCUUUAGUUAGGGAUGAAAAGGAGUUGUUUUGGUUUUCCUAGUUUUUUCAUUGGAUAUCUUACCGUCUCCUUUGGAAAGUGCCUAACUCACUCACAAGGUUUGUUGUUAGCCUUACUAUUAUAAAAAUAUUUUUUAUAUUAUUACUGAUAUAUUUCUUUCCACUA